GAGGUUAGGGGGGAGCUGGGGGAGGUGACGUCACGCCCUGCCCUGAGCUGGUUUGUUGUGAAGAGCCGUGGAUGUGUCGGCUUUACGGAGAAUCGAUCACCCUCCCUUUUCUCCUUAACGGUUUAAGAGUUAGAAACGAAAAAAAGUCCGUCUCUGGACUAUAGUCAUUUCGUCGGUCCAUAAAUUGGCGGUGUUGUUUUUAUUGUUUCGGUUGAUUUUAUCUUUUGAAGAGAACGUGAGUCCCACAUUUCGUCCACAAAACGCCGUUUUUGAAGAAGUGCCCCUUUGUUCGUUGCAUUGUAUUUAAGUAACCUUAUCAACAUGGACAUUAACGGAUACAAAGAGAUUUUACUGCCGGAUCGAUUGGACAUCAAUAAAGUAACGGAAAUAACUAAUAUGUCUGAUAUCAUCGAGGCGACCCCGCACGGCUGCGAUAACGGAGCCCUGACGGACAGGUUCGGGGUGCUGAUCCAAGGGUUGCUGGGCGUCGUGGCGUUCAGCACUCUGAUGCUGAAGAGGUUCCGAGAACCUGCGAGCAUCAGACGACCAUGGCGGAUCUGGUUCUAUGAUACGUCCAAGCAGGCCAUCGGGGCGCUGUUCAUCCACCUGGCCAACGUGUUCCUGUCCACGCUCACUGAGGAGGACCCCUGCUCUCUCUACUUAAUCAACUUCCUGUUGGACGCCACACUGGGGAUGCUGUUCAUCUGGGCGGGAGUCCGGCUGGUGUCCAUGCUGGUGGAGCACAAGCAGUGGACACUGCUCACGUUUGGAGAAUACGGUGACCCCCCCCAGGCGGCGGCGUGGCUGGGACAGUGUGGCUUCUACCUGGUCAUCAUGGUGCUGGAGAAGGCCGUGGUCAGCCUGGUGCUGCUGGUCCCCGGCUGGACCAACUUGCAGGCGGCGUUGCUAAGCUACAUCACUGAUCCCCAGCUGGAGCUGGUGGUUGUCAUGCUCAUCGUGCCCUUCAUAGUCAACUCCAUCAUGUUCUGGGUGGUGGACAGUCUGAUGAUGAGGAAGUACAAGACGACGAAGAGCAUGGAGGACUCGUGCGACAGCGGCCCCGGCCUCCCGCGGUCGGGCUCCCUGCCGUUCAUUGCCGACGACGAAUCCCAGGUGCUGCUGACUGUAGAUACAGACACGGAGGACGCCACUGAGGAAGAGGAGGAGGAGGGGGGUGAAGACCAGCUCAUCCCCACACCCCACUUCUCUGAGGGAGCCCCCAAACCCAGCUGGGUGGUGGUGUGACCCAGCCCACCCAGUACCACCUGGGGCCCCCAGAAUCCACAGGCAAUCCUAAGCCCGCCCACUACUACUAUAACCAAUGAGAAGGCAGCCAUAAGAGAACCUGUACCUCUUUGUCUUCUGUCUGUCACUCGUACACACACAGACAUCUACAGAGGAAUCUCAGGUAGUGAAUAUUUAACGAGAAUGCUGUGAUUUAUUAUUGAUUCAUUGAUUUCCUUUCUCGUUUUAAUUUGUCUCCUGAUCACCAUUGACACAAGGGUUCUUCAUAGUCAGAUCUGUGUGUGAGAAUCCAUUUUGAAGGCCCUUCCCCCUGUGGUUCUAACAUCCUUCUGACUUGUUUUCAGCGAUUGGAAACGACGCAGUGGGCGAGUAUGUAUCUCAGGUUUUCUUUGUGCCUUUUUUAAACCUUUUUUAUCGCUACUUCACCACAUUGCCGUGCUCUUCAGGGAACAUCACAGUGACCACAGUGGAACGUAUCAAAGGGAAGUUCCUCGUUUCAUAGGGGCUUAAUUAGAGAGCGCACGCCACCUUUAACCAGAGGGGGGGAGACUUGGGUUCAGGUGACAGGUCUGCAAUGGUGGCAAAAGAAGGAAAAUUCAGAGGACUGGAUUCCCAAUUUAAAUUGUGGUCGUAUCGCCUUACCACUGAACUACUAGGCAGGGGUGAAACGUAUUAGAGGGUGAUCUCCUUAGAGGUGUUUCACAUCACAGAUCCAGUUCUCAAAGGGCUGUUGGAUUGUGAUUGAUGAAGAGGUAGCCUUCACAAGUCUUCACUCGAAUGAUGUUACUUUAAAAGCCUUUCCUUUUGCUUUUAAUUAAAGGUCCUAGAGAAGUCUAUUUCAAACUUUUAUCAGGUAUG